UCAAAGCACAUACUUAGUCUCAACUAGGGAAUCAACAGAAGCAGAAGCGAUUUUUUUCCCCUUUCUUGACAUCUGGCUUGCGAUUGGCUGGAAGGGGGUCAGCUGACUUUGUCAUUUUGUCUGUCCUGGAUUGGAGCCGUCCCUAUAACCAUCUAGUUCCGAGUACAAACUGGAGACAGAAAUAAAUAUUAAAGAAAUCAUAGCCCGACCAGGUAAAGGCAAAGGGAUGAAUUCCUACUUCACUAACCCUUCCUUAUCCUGCCACCUCGCCGGGGGCCAGGACGUCCUCCCCAACGUCGCCCUCAAUUCCACCGCCUAUGAUCCAGUGAGGCAUUUCUCGACCUAUGGAGCAGCCGUAGCUCAGAAUCGGAUCUACUCGACUCCCUUUUAUUCGCCACAGGAGAAUGUCGUGUUCAGUUCCAGCCGUGGGCCGUAUGACUAUGGAUCUAAUUCCUUUUACCAGGAGAAAGACAUGCUCUCAAACUGCAGACAAAACACCUUAGGACAUAACACACAGACCUCAAUCGCUCAGGAUUUUAGUUCUGAGCAGGGCAGGACUGCGCCCCAGGACCAGAAAGCCAGUAUCCAGAUUUACCCCUGGAUGCAGCGAAUGAAUUCGCACAGUGGGGUCGGUUACGGAGCGGACCGGAGGCGCGGCCGCCAGAUCUACUCUCGGUACCAGACCCUGGAACUGGAGAAGGAAUUUCACUUCAACCGCUACCUAACUCGGCGCCGGCGCAUCGAGAUCGCCAAUGCUCUGUGCCUGACCGAGCGACAGAUCAAAAUCUGGUUCCAGAACCGCCGGAUGAAGUGGAAAAAAGAGUCUAAUCUCACGUCCACACUCUCAGGGAGUGGUGGAGGGGCAACUGCCGACAGUCUGGGAGGAAAAGAGGAAAAGCGAGAAGAGACAGAAGAAGAGAAGCAGAAAGAGUGACCAGGACUGUCCUUGCACCCCUCUUUCCUCCCUUGCUCACCCCAGCUCCCCGAAUCACACACUCUGUAUUUAUCUCUGGCACAAUGAUGUGUUGUGACUUCCUAAAACAAAACAGGGAGUCAGACGAGGACCUGAAAGUCAGCUCUGGACCCCCCUCUCUCACUGCACAACUCUUCACUCGACUAUUCCUCUAGCCCCCUCGCUAGCUCCUUCCUGGCUUGUCUGCAGGCCCCUUCCCUCGCCUAGGCCUAGGGGACCAGAACCUCGCUUCAGACUUCACAGACGUCCUUCCAAGUGAGCCCUAGGCUCCCUCCCCACCCCGACGCCCUUCACUCCUGCCCUCCCGCGCAGAGAGCUGGCUACAGGGCCUGAGGCCUCCACUCCGGGGCCUCAGGACCCGGCCUGACAGCCGGAGGGCGGGAGGCCUCUGGAGGGUGCGCCUUGGCCCCCGCAACAACUCCCAGGGCCUCUCCCCAGUCCCUGCCCGGCCCCUCUGCCCCAGCAAAUGCCCAGUCCAGGCAAAUUGUAUUUAAAGAUUCUUGGGGUCAUUAUGGCAUAUUUCGAACUGUGACCGUUUCUGUGUGAAUAUUUCUAGCUGUAUUUGUGGUCUCUGUAUUUAUAUUUAUGUUUAGCACCGUCAGUGUUCCGAUCUCAUUUUAAAAAGGAUUUAAAAAAAGAGGGAAAAUAACAAAAAGAAAAAAAAGUGAAUGACGUUUGUUUAGCCAGUAGGAGAAAAUAAAUAAAGAAAUAAACCCCUACGUGUUAUCCUCCUGUAUAAAUCCGACCUCUGGAUCCGUUCUCGAAUAUUUAA